AUGCUCAGACCCGCCACGCCGUUGACAGUCUUGCUGUUGAUAUCUUUCGUCCUUCUUCUCUUGUCUGUCAUCUCAACCCCCAUCGUCAAAUCGAUCCCCAUUGCGACUUACAGGGGUGUCAACUUUGGUGUCUUUGGCUACUGUACUACCAAGUCAUGCAGCGAUAUAAGAGUGGGCUAUACCACGGAUGAAAUAUUUGGCUCUGAUGACAAUGGAGACUUUAACUUGCCUGCCUCGACCAGGCACUCCCUAUCCUCCUUGCUCAUUGUUCAUCCGGUCGCCGCCUUCUGCAACUUAGUGUGUCUUGCCCUUGCCGCUGCCGCUCAUCUGCAUUCGCCAUCGCAUUCGGCUCGAUACCUUCUUGGCCUUCUUAUCCUGCUCUUGCCGACCCUGCUGGUGACCUUGUUGGCUUUCCUGGUUGAUAUUCUACUUUUCGUGCCUCAUUUACAAUGGGGUGGAUGGAUUGUCCUUGCCUCAACCAUUCUAAUCACGGCCUCCGGAGUCGUCACCUGUGCGAUGAGGAGGACGCUGGUGUCUCGCAAAGCACGGAAGAAGAGGAUUGCUGAAAAUGCCGAAAUGAGCGGCGAAAAUUUCUACAACAGACAAGCUCAAGAGUCGAAGUUGCCCGCGCAGACAUUCGAUUCUGCCGAACCUACAAUGCCGAUGGUAAACGGAGCUCCAGGAGCAGACCGAUUACCGAACUUUGCCACCUUUGAGUCGGGAAAGCCAGACGAGGACCGCCAACCGUUGAGGUCACAAGGCGUCACGAGCGAUGGAACUACCUUGAGAGAUGGUGCCUCUGAUAACUUCUACCCUCCUCCCUCUGUCCGAUCGAAUAGUCGGCCGCCUUACGAUGAAAGGCGGGAUCAAUAUGGGAACCCUAUUCCACGUGCUGCUGGAGCCAUGAUGCCUCCAAGGCAAGCUAGUGAAGAGCGUACGCCAGCUGGUUCGUACCGUGAAGGUUCAGUUCCCCCUCCAGGUAGCAGAGGUUAUGGCUCUCGAGGCAGGGGCAAGUACCCGUCACGUGGAGCUUAUUCUCCAAGAGGAGGAGGGUACGGGCCUCGAGGCCCUCCUCCACCACAAGGCUAUCCAGGACGCGGUGGAUUUUUCCCUGAGAUGAGAGGCGGCUACACUGGUCGUGGAAGAGGAGGAUAUCCACCUACAGCGGCCAUUGGAGCCAUUGGAGCAGGAAUGGCCGCAGGGGGAAUGAUGGCUGAUGGGCAGCGUCGCCCCCCACCAGGUUAUCCCCCGGAUGGAGGCCAGAGAACGACACCCCCGGACUCGUAUCCCGACAGCAUGGGACCUUUUGGCCCAGUUGCGGGCUCAACGCCUUAUGUCGAGAAUCCAGCACCCAACCGGGCGGAUGCCAUGAGCCCAUCUGUAUAUACCACUGGACCAGAAGAACACCUGGCUCCGUAUGGGGCCCGAGCGCAAUCUCCAGCACGCUCUGGAUAUGGAAGUCGCAUGCAAUCACCAGUCGGGACCACUCGACAACAAUCUCCACCUCCAGUAAUGCCGCCUUUGCCAUCGGCCCAGCCAACAGAAUUACCGACAAGUUCAAGAACGAACUCUCGGUCACAGAGUCAAGAUCCAUAUAUUCCUCCGCGUUCACAGUGGAACAACGUAUCGCAUGAGGACUUUGCCCAACCGGGAUCCCCUGGACGCUAUACUUCUCCAGUCGAAUUGCCUUCGACGGGCAGUCAUGUGGGAGGAUAUAGUGGUCCAUCACGGAGACCACGUGUCAAUUCCGGGGGCAGUGAUGUAUACUACGAAGACGUCGACCCUCGCUUCGCUUCUGACCCCGAACCAAUGCCUGCAAUUCCACCGAACCCAGCCACCCAGCCCACAACAGUGCCACCACUUCUGACUGCAGGACAGCCUCAAUAUCGACCCGACUCUCUGGCACUACCACCGUCAAACUCGUACGAAGACCUGCCCGGAGCCCGGUCGCCUGCUGAGAGUGAAACAAGUAAUUUUACGUCGGUCAGCCAGCGCGGGAUCAACCCGAAUUGGCGCCCGGGUAAUGGUGGCGAAUUUGCCUCGCUGGGACCUCCCAGACGGCGAGAACACCAGAUGAGGCGAGACGUGCUCCUUGCUGGCAAUCCCGAUUUUGAAAUCCCUGGUAUGGGCGGAAGUGGCCGUAUGUCGUCACGAGGAGGGCGAGACGGCAUGAGGGGAGGUAUGAUGAUGGGUGGAGGGCCACCUAGAAUUCCUCCAGCCAGCGCUGUUGGGAUGGGAUCAGACGGAAGAUAUCCCAUGGGCCCGCCACCGCCGCCUGCAGGACCAGGAAACAUGAGGGAGAUGUAA